UCCUAUCACUUUGUUACACAUCACGGGGCUCGGCUAGCCAUUCCUUUCCCCUUUUUUUUCGUCACUCCUUUUCAGGAUAUAUACACCGGUUUGUUUUCAAUAUGCUGUUUAGAAGAAAAGAUGCUUUGGCCGUCGCCCUCUUUCUGCUUGCGGAUAGAGCAGCGGCACGACGGCAAUUCCCGCGAUAUAUCACAUUCGUGAACUCAACCACAACCGUAGCUGCCCCGAGCACAAUCACUACGUCUGUAUUCGACUCGUCCACCUCUGCUUCUGAGACUAGCAGUAGUAUUAUUACCUCUUCUCCCGAGGUCAGCAGUAGUAUUACUACCUCUGAGUCUCUUACUUCGGACACUCCGACAAUAAGUGAAUCGACUUUGACAGAAAGCGAUAUCAUUAGCAGCACUUCGUCAGUAGACAUUGCCACAUCAACUGUGACAAUCAGCAGUAGUUCAUCGACAGGUGCUACUACUUCAACUGUUACAGUCAGUAGCACUUCAUCAACAGACAUUAUUACCAGUACUUCAUCAACAGACAUUAUUACCAGUACUUCGUCUACGGAUGUUGUUAGUAGUACGUCGUCGACAGACAUUACCAGCUCCGUGUUGGCAGCCAACAGCACUACGUCAACCGACGUUGCUGGCCCGACCAUCACGUCUCCGCCGCUCCUAAAUACAACUGCUCCGUUCCCUACGUUCGGAAAUGCCACAUUCAAUGGAACUGUCCCCUUGACGACGCUGACGGUCAGCGUGACUUCCGUCUCGACGAUCAUCUCAUGCGCAUCUACGGUCACUAACUGCCCGGCUGCCACCGAUACCGCAGGCCUUACUUCGCUCCCACCAGACGCCUACUCGACUGUCCUUAUAACGAGCGUCAUCGGUGUGACUACCACUGUCUGCCCGGUCACCGAAGCCCCAUCAAUCUCAUCGUCUAUCAUGGAGUCUUUUACCGCAACUCCCCCCGCUGGCCCUACCGACUCUGUUGUUACCGUCACUGAGACGGGAUCUAAGCCUUCUGGAAGCGGUGAUAAUGGCGGUGAUGUCCCCAGCGUCACUACCACUACAGAUGGCGCUUCGCCCACAAAUGGUGGCGGCAACGGUAAUGGUAAUGGUAACGGUAGCGACAAAGGUGGUAACAAGCCUUCCGUCAUUACCGUGACUGUCUCUGAUAGCACCGGUAUCGUUACCAAGACUGUAAGUUUUAGAUUACCCUAGGCUUCUCGAGCAGUUACUAAUAUUACAUUCCCAGGUGACUAACUCUGCCUCAUCUGAGACCCCUAUUGAGACGGUUAUCACUA